UACAGAUGCCGAAAUCUCGCGAGAUACGAUGAAGUAUGAAUGAGAUCCGAGUGACCGGCCUACUGCUGGAGAGAUACAACACACGGUUUCAGGGACUUCUUCACAAACUUAUCAGACCGGCUGCAGGAACAGUAUGCAGCUACUCUAACAACCUCGCCAACAGACCCGUGAACAAUAGUAUGCACCGACCCCUCAAACUAAAGAUCCAAAACGCACUUAACCAAGUGAUUCUAGGCGAUGCCGAGUCUCGCGGACUCUUUGUAGGAGGAAGACGUAGAAACCGGAAGAAGCGGAGGGCGAGGAAUGUCAAGGAGAAGAAGAAGGCGAGGAAGUGUGACGGGAAAGGUUCCCCAGUGGUGGUGAGAUGCAACAACGAACAAGCUGUUGUACCGGCGGACGAGCGGCCCCUUAUCGAGUCGGACUUCGACUCCACACUUUCCCUGGCUGUCACUGACGACUUGCACUACGUGGAUGAUUUACCUCCCCUUAUCGACACCGAAGAUCAGGAAAAUUUAGAUCCAGAAGAGAUGCCUUUCCCAUUUUUUAAGCGAAAGAACAAGGGAAAUUCUGAUAAGGAUGUCAUUUUGGAAGAGGAGGUAAAGAGUGUUGACGGGUCGCCAGCCGCAGAACAAGACGUGGCGACUUCUGAGCAACAAUCCAAAGACGAGCAUGACACUGAAAACUGUAAAACUCCAGAGGAACACCAAAACAACAGUGGAAACCACGACACUGAAAACGGUAAAAGUCCCGAGGAACACCAAAACAACAGUGGAAACCACGACACUGAAAACGGUAAAACUCCAGAGGAACACCAAAACAACAGUGGAAACCACGACAUACAGGAAGCAGAAGACGCAACUGAUAUAGGAGUCAGCGUUCAAGAACCUGCUCAUGAGGAGAUCGCUGAUGAGGUGGUGCCAGCAGUUUUGGAAGUGACCCCUGUAAAGGAGCAGGAAGAGAUAACUCAGGAGACAGAGGACAGCCAGGACGGGACUCCUAGCGAAAAGACGGCUAUUGAUGAACAAGUUGGGAAAGAGGUCAGUGACGAACAGUCCAAGACACUCAACGGCAUGAAGAUUGAGGAGUCAUCUCCCCUGAUAAAGAAACAAGAACCAGAAGUCGACAUGAAUUUCAUGUGCUGUGUUAUUCUUUAAGCGCUAAAAACAUGCAAUAUAUAUUACCAGGUGAAACAUUAAACAAUAUUAAAAAACAAAACUUGCAAUCAUUACAUUAAGCGAAACGUGAAUUAAUGUAUGUGCCUUAUUAAAUUUGAGUGUAAUUAUGUAAACACUGAUCGGUUCAAGCUUAUUUUGAAGACUACGUGUGGUUCUAUAUUCAAUAUUAUGUUAUCUAUUUUAGAAGAAAAUAUGAAUUAUCAUCUGAGACGUAUACAUAUGCAAUAAUGCAGGAAGCUGGCAGCUGAUGAGGCUAAAAUGCUGAUAAAGCUGAGAAAUUGAAUUAGAACCACAAGUCAUCGAGAUAUGAUCUGCUAACAUAUGUUUGGCACUUAAACCUUGUAAAUGGUGCCCUACUCUGCCUUAACCAUUCCCCAUGCUGACGAUUGUCCUUUGUUAAGUGUCAGGUCGUUUUUUCCUUAUAAAGUGUUGUCAAUAUAUUUGUUAUUUAAUAUAAGUGUAUUCACUAAUUAUGAAUUGUUAAUGGUAAAACGAAUUUAAUAAAUGCGACAAUAGUUUGCUUGAAUUCCUGAUACAUGUUAAUAUAUUAACAGAGAUGGAAACAUAAUAAGCUUGUUUUGUAAUCUCUGUAUCAGCAUUAAUCGUAUAAGGUAAUAUCUUAUUGGUGAAACAAUGUAUUAUAAUUUUCGGUUUCCUGACAAACCAGCCAUAUUCCAUAUAUUAAGUAGAUAAAUAUUAACAAAACCAAAUAUUCGAAGCGAAUACGUUCCGGCUCAAGGAGGCAUUGAUAAAAAAAUCACGUUAAAACUUCAAGCGAUGUUUCGGCAUAAUAUUAACAUGGGGAUUUAAAAAAAUCUACAACUUCAUUGGAGAUAUCUAUAGAUGAAAAAAAAUCUGUUAUUUUACAAAUAAGAAGAAAACUACAUAAUUAAAAUGCACCGGAAUAAGCAAACACUUGCAAUUUUGUCUAAACCUGUAAUUACAUAUAGUCCCAUGGAAUGAUGCAGAAAUAUAAUUAUGAACAUUAUAGCACACAGUUAUAGCACACAGAAAUACAGUCUGUCAAAAUUAUGUAAAAAUAAAUAAAAAUGUUUUUGUACCUUGAAUAUUGCUUUCCAGCUAGGCAAAAAUUGUCGCUUGUAAUAUGACAUGUUCAGCUUUUCAGGCCUCAAAGUCGACAAAAAGGCAUUUGUUGAUAUAUCCUUCCAUGCAGUCAGCAGACAGCGGUAACAAAUUUAGAAAUAUUACAGUAUAAUACACAUGGUGUUGUAACGUUAUACAGUUGUAUGUGUGAAACAAUCCCUAGAAAUACCAAGUUACUGGAUUUGGUACAGAUAUCUGGCAACUUCCUAAGUGGCCUCAAAACCAAGUCGUGAAAUCUGCAUGAUAUGACUUAGGAUUUUAUUUUUUUAAAGAAUCGAACUUUCUUUUUAACAAAACAACACGUACUUGCCUAAAAUAGUGAUAUGACGACUAUAAGCCUGAGCUUGUGUUGUGAGACCGCCGACUCGGUGGUCAGUGAGUCCUGUCAUUCUACACUUUCUUGUGAUGUCACGUGCUUUUCCCUUGAUACUGUUACUGAUAUUUUGUUUUUGCUUGAAUCGCAAUAAAUAUAUUAACCAAAUAUAAA